GAACAGACGACUCAUGGAGGGAACGCUGAGUAACUCUGCAAUCAUCCAAUCAUGGAAGUCUGCCUCAAACUGACCGGGCUUCUUCUAGGCACGCUGCUUUCCGAUUGGCUGACAGCCGUCCUGUCCCGGGAUUUUACACUGGCAGACAUCGUUCAGCUCCAUCUGUCAGCUACUCCACACCCUGGAGGGUUUAAGUGCUUCACCUGUGAAGAUGCUGAAGAUAAUUACUCCUGCAACCGCUGGGCUCCUGACAAAUACUGCCCUAGAAACACUAAAUUCUGCUACACACGUCACCGGAUGAAUGCUGAUGGCGAAAGUGUCUCCGUCACAAAGCGCUGUGUGUCUCGGGACGAGUGCGUGUCCACAGGCUGCGUGCAGCAUGAAGCCCACAUGGUUUGCACUUCCUGUUGUGAAGGAAACAUCUGUAACUUGCCGGUACCGUGGAACAAGACAGCAGCCAUCUUCUCUACAAACUCCCCAUUAAACCGAGUGAUCAGAGUGUCUCCUGGGAAAGUCACCUCUCUCAGCAUCAUCAUCUUCUUCAUGCAUGAUAACUUUGAUUAGUGUUGCAAUUAUUAUUAGUGAGACGUUACAGUUGUUUCACAUUGUAAAUUAUAUUUUGGAAAGGAUAACGUGCUCAUACUGUAGCCUAUAGUGUCUUAGGGACACAUUUCUAUGAAAGAAUUUUGAGUUUUUGAACAGGAAAAUGUUCAACCAUGACUUCCUGUUUCACAGGGGUAUAAAUAUGAGGCCAAAUUCCCUUAGUCAUUCAUAACAAUGGGUAAGACCAAGGAAUAUAGCUGUGCAGAAAAAAGUUGUUGAGCUUCACAAAAUGGGAAGUGGCUAUAAGAAAAUAGUAAAAGCAUUGGAAAUGCCCAUUUCCACCAUCAGGGCAAUAAAUGAGAAGUUCCAGUCAACUGGAAAUGUUAUGAAUAACCUGGAUUUGGACGCGUGUCUACAUUGUCUCAACGCACUGUGAAGAGGAUGGUUCGAGUGGCCACAAAAUCUCCAAGGAUCACAACUGGAGAAUUGCAGAAGUUAGUUGUGUCUUGGGGCCAGAACGUCUCCAAAACUACAAUCUGAAGUCACCUACAUCGGAGAGGUAGUGAUAUGGAGAAGUACCUCAUGCCCACGGUUAAAUAUGGUGGAGGCUCUUUAAUGUUUUGGGGCUGUUUUUCUGCCAGAGGACCUGGACAUUUUGUUAGGAUACAUGGCAUCAUGGACUCUAUCAAAUAUCAACAGAUAUUAAAUGAAAACCUGACUGCCUCUUUCAGAAAGCUUAAAAUGGGCCAUGGUUGGAUCUUCCAGCAGGACAAUGAUCCAAAACAUACAUCAAAAUCAACACAAAAAUGGUUUACUGACCACAAAAUCAAGGUCCUGCCAUGACCAUCCCAGUCCCCUGACUGAACCCCAGAGAAAACCUGUGGAGUGAACUGAAGAGGAGAGUCCACCAGCGUGGACCUCGAAAUGUGAAGGAUCUGGAGAGAUUCUGUAUGGAGGAAUGGUCUCAGAUCAGUUACCAUGCAUUCUCCAACCUCAUCAGGCGUUAUAGGAGAAGACUCAGAGCUGUUAUCUUGGCAAAGGGAGGUAGCACGAAGUAUUGACUAAAAGGGUGCCAAUAAUUGUUGCACACCUAUAUUUAACAAAUAUAUAUAUAUUUGAUAAACCUGUGUUUCAUUUGCAAUUGUUUGGUAUCCAUGAGAGCAGAGUGUAAAUGUGCUGCUGCCUAGAAAUAAA